CUCAGAACGGGACCCAGCAGUAGGACGCAAGCACCUUCAUCCUUUGACCCCAGGACACACACAGCUUCAUUAUGACCAGCACGGAGCCUCAGCAGAACACGUCACCAGUGCUGAAGAAGACCAAACCGAAGGGGAAAAACCACCACUACACAGAUGUGCAUGGCUUGCCCUGCAUCGAGAACCUGGUGCGCUCUGUGGAGGAGACCCCUGAGGCUAUCAAUACCAACAUCACAGGAAGUGUGCCCACCUGGAUCAAUGGCAGCCUCCUCCGGAAUGGACCUGGCAAAUUUGAGAUUGGGAACCAGAAGUUCAACCACUGGUUUGAUGGUAUGGCCCUUCUUCACAAGUUCAAGAUCUCUGGAGGCCAGGUGACCUACAAGAGCCGUUUCCUAGGCAGCGACUGUUACCAGGCCAACAACGAGCACAGCCGUAUCGUGGUGUCAGAGUUUGGCACUGUUGCCAUGCCUGACCCCUGCAAGAACUUCUUCCAGCGUUUCCUGUCCCGUUUCGAGAUGCCCAAGCCGUCAGAUAAUGACAACGUGAGCUUCGUGACAUAUAAAGGCGACUACUACGUCAGCACAGAGACCAACUUCAUGCACAGAAUCGACCCAGAGACUCUUGAGGCUAAGGAGAAGGUGGACUGGAGCAAGUUCAUCGCUGUGAAUGGAGCCACUGCUCACCCUCACAACGACCCUGAUGGCACCACUUACAACAUGGGCAACUCCUACACUGGCAAAGGUGCCACCUACAACAUCAUCCGCGUUCCUCCCACCAAAAAUAGCCCAGAGGACACUCUAGAAGGAGCUACAGUGUUGUGCUCCAUCCCUUCUGUGGAUAAGACCAAGCCGUCCUACUACCACAGCUUUGCCAUGUCAGAGAACUACGUGGUGUUCAUAGAGCAGCCGAUCAAGAUGGACCUGCUAAAGAUUGUGACAGGCAAGAUGAGGGGGAAGGGUAUCAGUGACGGCGUCUACUGGGACCCAAAACGAGACACAUUUUUCCACCUAAUCAACAAACAGACUGGGAAGCUGAGCUCGGUCCACUACCAUACCAAGGCCCUGUCCACCUUCCACCAGAUCAACGCCUUUGAGCAGGACGGCAUGCUGGUCAUGGACAUGUGUGCUUCGGACGAUGGCCAAGCCAUCAACAACUAUAUGGUGCAGAACCUGCGCCAGUCUGGAGAGGCUCUGGACGAGGUAUAUAACACCAUGUCCAGAGUGUUCCCACGCCGCUUUGUACUGCCCCUCAAUGUGGACCAUAACACGCCAAUAGGAAAGAACCUGAACACUCGGCCUGACAGCACUGCCACCGCUAUCAGGAUCAGCAAGGAAAAGGUGUUCUGUUCCUAUGAGGAGCUUCAUGAUGAGGAGCUCCACAAAUAUGGAGGUCUGGAGUUCCCCCAGAUCAACUAUGCCAAGUACAACACGCAUCCCUACCGAUACUUCUACGGCUGUGGUUUCCGACACUUGGUGGGAGACACGCUCAUCAAAAUGGACCUGAAGGACAAAUCAAUGAAGGUGUGGGAGCAGCCUGGUUUGUACCCGUCUGAGCCCAUCUUUGUCCCUUCUCCCGACUCCACCGAGGAAGAUGACGGUGUGAUCCUGUCUGUGGUUAUCACUCCAAAUAAGGAUAAGAGCACCUUCCUCUUGGUUCUGGAUGCCAAAUCUUUCCAAGAGUUGGCCAGAGCCGACGUCCCUGUCAACAUCCCCUACGGCUUCCAUGGGACAUUCAACAACACAGCAUAGAUGGACCAAAAGCAAACAACUGGAUGAGAUUGUGUAAAGACGUGUAAAAGUGAUGGAGAGAAGAGUGGUACUGACUCAGAAAGAACACAUCACACAGAACCGAAUAUUCUACACCCUCUGUGUCCUCCUUUCUGUGUACCGUUUGGACAAUAUUGGAAAACCUAUCCAUGCACUACAUAGUUUCAAGAACUUUGUGAACAUUUGUCAAGAUUGAAUAUGACUGAUUUACAGAUUCCUUAUCAAAUGCAUUGCUUGU